AUGUCAGACGACGAAGGUGCCCCAGUGGUGAAGAAGUCCCGUAUCUUCUAUGGCAGUUUGGCAGAAAAGGAGAAGGAGCGUCUUAACAAGGGAGAAUUUUCAGUGGGAAAGACAGCAGUGAAAGCUGGGAUCGAUGCUGGGAACAUUAACGUCGGGUCUGGAGAGUCCUUUGACAUAGAUGAGCACAUCAGUGAGAGGCAGGCAGAGGUUCUGGCUGAGUUUGAGAGGAGGAAGCGGGCCAGACAGAUUAAUGUGUCCACUGAUGACUCUGAGGUGAAGGCCGGUCUGAGAGCACUCGGGGAACCAAUCACACUCUUUGGUGAAGGUCCAGCUGAGAGGAGAGAAAGGUUGCGGAACGUUCUCUCUGUUGUUGGCACAGAUGCUUUAAAAAAGACUAAAAAAGAAGAAGAGAAGACUAAGACAUCAAGUGAAGAGUAUCAAAAGACAUGGUAUCACGAGGGCCCUACCACCCUGAAAAUUUCCCGUCUGUGGAUUGCAAAAUACUCCCUUCCACGGGCGAUGGAGCGUCUGGAGGCUGCCCGAGAAUACCGGCAUAUCCCAGAAUCCACAAGGACCUCUCAGAAACAAGAGCUGCACAAAUCUCUCAGAUCCCUUAACAACUUUUGCAGCCAAAUUGGAGAUGAUAGACCUUUGUCAUUUUGUCAUUUCAGUCCUAAUUCUAAACUCCUGGCUACAGCAUGUUGGAGUGGACUUUGCAAACUGUGGUCAGUUCCAGACUGUACACCUGUGCGCACAUUAAGAGGACACAACACAAAUGUGGGAGCCAUUGUGUUCCACCCCAAAUCCACAGUAUCGGUGGAUGAGAAAGAUGUGAAUCUGGCUUCCUGUGCCGCAGAUGGAUCUGUAAAACUAUGGAACCUGGAGAGUGAUGAACCAGUUGCAGACAUUGAAGGUCACACUGUGAGGGUGGCAAGAGUGACAUGGCAUCCAUCUGGACGUUUCUUGGGCACCACAUGCUAUGACCGUUCAUGGCGCUUGUGGGAUCUGGAAGCUCAGGAAGAGAUUCUGCAUCAGGAAGGACACAGUAAAGGGGUGUAUGACCUUUCCUUCCACGUAGACGGGUCUUUGGCUGGCACCGGAGGCUUGGAUGCUUUUGGACGAGUGUGGGAUCUGAGGACCGGUCGCUGCAUCAUGUUCCUGGAAGGUCAUCUAAAAGAGAUCUAUGGGAUCAGCUUCUCCCCCAAUGGUUAUCACAUAGCAACAGGCAGCGGUGACAACACCUGCAAAGUGUGGGAUCUGCGUCAGAGGCGCUGUAUCUAUACCAUCCCUGCUCAUCAGAACUUGAUCAGUGGAGUGAAGUUCCAGCCUACGAAUGGUCAGUAUCUCCUGACAGGAGCCUAUGAUAAUACAGCCAAAGUGUGGACUCACCCUCUCUGGUCUCCACUGAAGACCCUGGCUGGACACGAGGGUAAGGUGAUGGGGCUGGAUAUCUCACAUGAUGGGGAGCUUAUUGCCACCUGCUCCUACGAUAGAACUUUUAAGCUGUGGAUGGCCGAGUGA